CACCGGCACCGCCGCCCCCGCAGGUGGGCACGGCGUCGUUCCCCGACAUCCACUGCCCCGCCGCUACCGGGAGCGCUGUGCCGGGCACAGACCGCCGGAAGCGCGGUGCCCGGUGGGGUCGGUCGGUGCCCGGUGGGGGUGAAGCAAAAUGCAGGCUCCUUCGGCUCUCCUCAGCUCGCCGGCGCUGUUGCGGUGCUGUUCCAGGGCUCUGGCCAGACCAGCUUCCGUGUCAGUGUUCAGCAGGCCUGAGACUCAGACUCUACAGCCAGAUGGCGUUUCCCACCAGCUGACCCGCCGCGAGUUCCAAACCAGCGCUGUUUCCAGGGAUAUCGACACUGCUGCAAAGUUCAUCGGUGCCGGUGCUGCCACGGUUGGGGUGGCGGGCUCGGGAGCCGGCAUUGGGACAGUGUUCGGCAGCUUGAUCAUUGGCUAUGCCAGGAAUCCGUCUCUCAAGCAGCAGCUCUUCUCCUAUGCCAUCCUGGGCUUCGCCCUCUCUGAGGCCAUGGGUCUCUUCUGUUUGAUGGUGGCAUUCCUCAUCCUCUUCGCUAUGUGACAACUUCUGGUCCUGGCUGUGGCUUCUACCACUCUGUCCUGUGCGGUUUGAGUCUGCUUCCAUCAGAGCGUUCCAGACUGACAAUUAAAGAAAAGAUUUCUCU